AUGCCUGGAACAGAAGCUGCAACUGAUGUUACAAUCUCUGGAUCAACAAGCAGUGGAGUAACAAAUGAUUCCAAUCACCAUCUUCACUUGCAUUCUUCUACUCUAGGGAUGGCUUUGGUAAGCUCACCAUUUGAUGGUAGAGGAUUCCCAGGAUGGAAAAGAUCUGUCGUCAUUGCAAUCUCAACCAAGAAAAAACUUUGCUUCAUCAAUGGAUCUUGUGUUGAACCAACAAUGGAUGGCAAGGAUUACCCAUUGUGGAGUAGAUGCAAUGACAUGGUCACCUCUUGGUUGCUGAACUCUUUGACAAAAGAGAUAGGUGACAGUGUCAUUUACUCAAGAACAGCUAAGGACCUUUGGAGCAGCCUGGAACAAAGAUUUGGUCAGUCAAGUGGAGCCAAGCUGUACCAUCUGCAGAAGGAAAUUUCAAAGACAAUCCAAGGAAACAACAGCAUACCAGGUUAUUUCACCACUCUUAAGAGACUUUGGGAUGAGUUGGACUCUCUUAACUCACACUUAGGGUGCACUUGUGCAUGUAACUAUGAUGGUAAAAGGAAGAUGGCUAAAUUCAUGGAAGAUCAAAGGGUCAUUCAAUUCCUAAUGGGGCUGAAUGAUGCUUAUGCACAAGCAAGGGGAAACAUACUCAUGCUUAGUCCUACCCCUAGCAUGGAUCAAACUUACUCAUUAUUGCUACAAGAUGAAAGUCAAAGGGAGAUUUACAUGAGCCCACAGUAUCCUACUAAUGAGGCUUCUUUCAUGGUAGGCACACAGAACAAGUUUUCACAGGAAAAUAACCAAGCACAAAAAGGGUGGAAUCCUCAACAAAAAUCAGCUAACACACAGUAUAAAUCCAAGCCAAGGAAGUCCAAAUUCAACCCCAAUGUUAGUUGCAGCCAUUGCUCAAAAAUAGGACAUGUGAGGGCUGAUUGCUAUAGACUUAUAGGAUUCCCUGAUGAAUUCCAGUUUACUAAGGGUGGAAAUUUUCAAGGAAUAAUAAAAGCAAAUGCUACAGUAGCAGAUCAGCAGGGUGAUGGAAACUCUGAUGAACACAAUGGAGGACAUUCAAACAAUCAAACACAGUUUUCAGUGCAAGUUGGAAGCACAGGGAGUGGAAACUCAGAGAUUAGUGCCAAUGCUGUUGCUAGUGCCUCAAAACAUAUGUGUUUUGAUUCCAAACCUUUCCUAACACUGUCACCUUUGCCUGUGCCUUUACAUAUAAGUUUGCCUAACUCUUUUCAGAUCUUUGUCACACACAUAAGACAAGUUUGCAUUCAGCCUGAUAUGGUUCUAGAAAAAGUCCCUUUAAUGAGGAGGGGACAAGUUUUUGGUGAAGUAAGAGAUGGAUUAUAUCUACUCCAGCCUAGAAGUUUAGAGUCUAGAUUCAAUUUAGUCAAAAUGUUGGGGCAUUUGCCUUUUUCAGUAAUGAAGAAAUUCAAUUUUGUUCAUUUUCCUUCAAAUUUUAAUGAUGUGUGUGAAAUUUGUGCUAAGGCAAGGCAAACUAGGCUCCCUUUUUCCAUUAGCCAAAUCAGGACAACAUCUCCAUUUGAUCUCAUUCAUAUAGAUUCUUGGGGACCUUUUAACACUACUACAUACAAUGGUUACAAUUACUUCUUGACCAUAGUUGAUGAUUCUAGUAGGGCCACUUGGACCUUUUUACUAAGUACCAAGAGCAAUGCCUUUCCAGUCGUGAAGUCCUUUCUCAACAUGGUAGAGAGGCAAUUCAACAAGAAAGUAAGGAGAGUAAAAUCAGACAAUGCUUGGGAAUUGGGAAAAGGGAACACAGGAAUCUAA